GGACGAGAGGGGAAACGUUGAAGUUCGAGGGUAGGGGGUAGCGGUUCGGUUGGUGGGAGAAGGAACAGCAGGAGGGAGAUGAGAGGAACGGUGGUGAGAGGAACGGAACGGAACAGGGUUGUUCCAGUGUGCAGCGGGCGGGCAUCGCGGCGGGGGCGCCGUUCUGCUGCUCCUGUAUAUCCAUUCAGGGUUAUAUGCACCAUCCACCGCAUCCUAGCGACCACGACGGCGACGACGACGACGACGACGACGACGACGACGACGACGACGACGACAACGACGACGACGACGGCGACGACGACGCCGCCGGGAAGCAGGAAAAGGAAGGAAAGGGGGAUAUUUGGCGAUAUCGCGAUCGCGUAGAAGAACGGAGCGACUGCGACUCUUCCUCGCGCUAAACGACAGGAUCCAACGUUAGUAACGGUAGUACAGUAGAGAUCGUAGUACGCGCCACGAACGUUUUAUCUCGGUAUCGCGAAUCACAGUGACGUUGCUCUUCGGUUUUUCGGGGGGAGGGAGGAACGUCUGAGAAGGGAAACGAAGGACGCUGAUAACAACGAGGGUGUUCGGCGAAGAAAGCAGAGCCGAACGAAGCCGACAGGGGACAGAGACUGCGCGGGCAUCGCUGGGGAAAGAGCAGUCGGAAGACAACAAGAGGAGACAGAAAGGAGAAAACAAAGGAGAACGCGCGGAGAAAGGGGGCGGGGAAAACGGAGAAAGCUAGACCGCAGGCAGCGGUCUAAGGUAGGCAGAGCGAACCCCGACGGUGAAAAGAGGGUGGAACAUAAUAGAGAGACUGGAAAAGUAGUGAAAGGGUAGGUCCACUCGUCGGAGGGAGCCAUCGAAGGCGGAGGAGCAUGCGAGAGCAGCUCCUCGGUGUUCCAACAUGACCCAGCCUUAGUAGGGUACCUCUGCUGGCGUACACCCUCCGCGCCGCGACACGAUACGACACGCAGAAGGAGGUGGUGGAGGAGGCGGAGGUGGUGGCGGUGGUGGAGAAGGAGGAGACGGCGACGGUGGCCAGAGAAGAAGUGGAGGCGGGGGAGGUGGACGGAGAAGAAGAAGACGAAGGAGAAGGUGGAGGAGGACGGAGGGCUCGCUAACGACGGCGAACGUCCUCGAGGGUGCGAUACACCAGCACCAGCAACACUACCGACGACGAUGAUCGUGACAGGCGGCGAACGGCGUACAUGCUGGAGGAGGAGGCGCCGCGUGGCGGUCGCGACAUUUGCUUCGGCCUUCCUGGUACUGGUGAUCGGUCCUGCCAUGGGCCACAGGCCGGCCCCGAACAAUCCGAUCGCUCUCCAGACCAGCACCAGCACUACGCCUUGGUCCGUCUACUCGGCGAACGGUACCAUCCUAUCGAGUCCCAACAAUGAAUUCGAUCAGGACGCCGACGACGGCUACAACGCCAGCAUUCAUCAUCACCAUCACAAGAAGGUCGGAGGCAACAUGACCGAGGAGAAGGCGCCCCUCUUUCCCGAAGAUCUCUUCACCGUCCAAGAACGGCGUCGCGGUGCUGUGAUAUUUCACGUAAUCGGUGUGGUGUACAUGUUCGUCGCAUUGGCGAUCGUCUGCGACGAGUUCUUUGUCCCGUCGUUGGACGUGAUCAUCGAGAAACUCGAGAUCGCCGACGACGUCGCGGGUGCUACCUUCAUGGCUGCCGGCGGCUCGGCCCCCGAACUGUUCACAUCGAUAAUCGGCGUGUUCGUGUCGUUCGACGACGUCGGUAUCGGCACCAUUGUCGGUUCCGCCGUCUUCAAUAUCCUCUUCGUGAUUGGCAUGUGCGCAAUAUUCUCGCGUACGGUGCUUUCCCUCACAUGGUGGCCCCUGUUCCGCGACUGCUCCUUUUAUAGCAUCAGCCUGAUCACGUUGAUCUACUUCUUCCGCGAUAAUUAUAUUCACUGGUACGAGGCGCUCGUGCUAUUCGGAUUCUAUUUGGCGUACGUGAGCUUCAUGAAAUGGAACCAACCGAUGGAGAAACUCGCCAAGAGAGUGAUCUACAGAAACAAGGUGACCAGGGUGAGGUCUACCGAUCAGCUGAUGCCCUCGCACCAGAGCGCCGCCCAGGCAUUGCAGCAUCCGAACGCGACGAACAGUAGCGAGACGAGCGUGGGUGGCGUGUCGGGUGCAUGCGGAAGCAGCGGCAUACCGGCGGGUGGAGAGGCCGGGUGCAGCAGCAGAGGUGGCAGCAGCAGUGGUGCUGGUGGCACGGCAGGACAGGGCUGCGAGCAGGGAGCCCACGGUGGCCCCUCGUCUCAUUCCAGGGAGAGCCACGCCAAGUUCAGGCACGGCCUGCUACAGCUUAUGAUCCACACGAUCGAUCCGCUCCACGACGGUCAGUCCCGCGCCGGCAAAGUGGACGAGAAAGCGACGCAGCUGCACGCGAUAGCCUCGCUGAAGGCGUUGUUGGACGCCACCAGGCCGCACAACGGCGCCGCGACGUCGACCGCUGCCCAUUACUCCGGCGCUGCAUCGAAAGAGACCACUCUCCAGCUGCAACAAGGCUCCCAGGGCACCACGACCACCACCACGACGACGACCACCGCUGGCACCACCGCUGGCAUCCAGGAACUCCCCAACGGUGGUAUAGCAGCUGGUCUCGACGCGGGCCUCGAAUCGGGAGAGGAGGAUGAACCUCCAGAGGCCUUGGACAUGGGCUGGCCCAGCAGUCCCAGGAAGAGACUAACUUACAUUUUGGUAGCGCCGAUCCUCUUCCCUCUGUGGUUGACGUUACCGGACACGAGGACACCCAGAGGGAAGAAGCUCUUCGCGGUGACGUUCAUCGGGUCGAUCUUCUGGAUAGCGGCGUACUCGUACCUGAUGGUCUGGUGGGCGAACGUGGCCGGCGACACGGUUCGUAUACCGCCGGAAGUGAUGGGCCUGACGUUCCUCGCCGCAGGCACCAGCAUCCCUGACUUGAUCACCAGCGUGAUCGUCGCGCGAAAAGGAUUCGGCGACAUGGCCGUAUCGAGCUCCGUUGGCAGCAACAUCUUCGACGUGACCGUUGGGCUUCCGGUACCGUGGCUGCUGUACGGCCUGAUCUACGGAAAGCCCGUGGAGGUGAACUCGGUGGGCAUGGUGUGCAGUAUAGCGAUCCUGUUCUGCAUGCUGCUGUUCGUGAUAAUGAGCAUCGCCUGCUUCAAGUGGCGGAUGAACAAGGGCCUCGGGUUCACGAUGUUCCUCCUCUACUUCGUGUUCGUCGCUGUCUCGCUGAUGUUCGAGUACGAGAUUCUGGUCUGUCCAGCCUAGGAUCCAGGGACGAGGAGCACGCGAACGAGAAAGAGGUCCAAACGACAGGACGGUGUAGAUGGACGCACAUUUACGGGUCUCGUCAUCUCGUCAUCAUCAUCGUCGUCGGCGAGUAUAUCGGGCUCGACGAGUUUCGAAUACGUUCCUCCUCGAAUCGAUCGGAGGAGGAGGAAACGCGCGACACGGUCAGCCUUCCCGAGAAUUAGAACUGUCGAAAACCGUUGGCCCGCCAUCCCCCGAUCCCUUGUCCCUCAUAGAACCUCGCCGAAAAUCUCCCACGAUCAUCGAUUCACCGAUGAUCGAAAAACGGCGUCGUCGACCACUGGUUACGGUAUAUAAAAACGAAGCGUUUUUUUUGUUCUAGUCGAAAAAUACGUGUACAUAUUGUAUAAACCUUGAAAUACCUGAAACAAAAUACUCGUCUCGUUAAGAAUUAUCGCGGCGACCGUUGCAUCCUGUUCGAUCAACGGGCCCGCCGGUUUAUCUUAGACGCAGCGAGCGCGUCGGCCGAUCGUGCCAACGAUCGCGCGGAAAAAUCUUUGUAUUUAUCUAGAAGAGAUCUCCCUCCACGAUUCCGCCACUCCUUUUUAUCUCCUCUUCUUCUUACUCUUCUUGUUGUUCUACUUCACCUUCUUCUUCUUCUACUAAAACUACUACUACUACUACUACUGUUACUUCUUCUUCUUCUUCUAUGACUACUGUUUCCUCUACGGUUUCCUCUAGCUCUAGUGUCUCUCGAUGAAGGACAAACCGAUCGUCGAACGCCACUCGUUAGAUCCUCGCGCUCUCCAGACACGAUUAACGCUUGGGGUUCGAUGUUAGGACGCUGGACAGACCUGGGUCACUCUUGACUCGCGAGAAAGUCUCGUUUUCAAAUUCUUUCUUGUUAAACAGUAUUCAUCUCCGUCUACAUUUAUUUAUAUCAUGCGCAUGCCGUGACCAGUAUAUGGAGAAUUUAUGUCCUUGCAAUACGGAGUUUCCUUUAUCGUUCGAGAAGCACUCCUGUCCAAAUUUAUAUUUAUCCCAGUCCUAACUGGAAAUAGCGCGGGUGAAAGGUGACCCAGCCCCUCUGGCGAACAGUUGGACGAUACCUCGAACGUUUUCUCUCGUUUCUUAUCGAACUCUCGCUCGUCGACGUUCACGGGGUCUAACGAGGGUAGAAACGAGUUCCUCGAUAUCUCUCGACUUUGAUCCGCGACUCGCCGAGCGGCGUUAGUCGAACUGCCAAAAUCGUUUCGCGACGGGAACAACGCGUCUCGCCCAACCGUGUAAAAGUAUACUGUAUAUACCCUCGGCUCGUCCCGCGAUUUCUCGGCGAGCCGAUCGCCGAUCGCGAUCGACCCAUAUCUUGGCACGAUCCCAUCCAACCGGCACGAAUCGACGAUGGACGGCCCAGGCCCGACCGCUCGCUGAUUUCUCUCUCUAAAACAGAAAUCUCUUUUCGCCUAUAAAUCGUAGAAUCUAGCGACUUUACUCUGUCGUGCUCGCGAAAUCUGCCUGGACGCGACUCACCAAUCGGCGAUUCGCCUCGCAACGAUCUCCUCGAUCGACUUGCCGCGCUAGUGACGCGUUACUUCGAACGAUUUUAAUUUAAAGAGAUAAUCGAACCACGUCGACUCGCGAAAUUCUCGGAAUAAUCUAUCGCGCUCUGGUCAUUCGAAACACUUUUUCGAAAUGAUCGUCGAUUUCGGGAACAAGAGCGUGCCGAUACAUUUCCAUGCACCGAUUAGAAAUAAAUCAAAACGACGCGGGCAACAAACCGAGCGGAGGCGAACGUAAAUCUCCCUUAACGGAACGGAGAGUUCAAGUGGAAUUCGGUUGGUAUUUUCGAUGAAAUAAAUCCAAGCGUCGCGGCCAUCUCGCUUCGUUUUUCGCAACGGUUAUAUUUAAAUUAUCCGUUCAUUCGGUUUACUCGAUUUUCAAUAUAACCGGAUUAUCGUGUUACGGACGAACGGUGAAUUCUCUGUCAAAAUAAGUCUUUAUUUGCGAAAUGAUUCUUUAAUAUACGAGGCAACCGGUUGUUUGCAGACCCCUUCCGGCCCGCGAAUGAUUACUUUUUAGCGUUCGUUCGGGCACAAAAGCACUCGAGGCCGUGCGUCCGUUUCGUUUAAUGAAAACUAACGAAAGGCAAGCAGAGUUAAUUAUUUCCAAUAAUCGUUCGAAGUAGACGUCGCUCGCGAACGUUGUUCUCGUUCAGCGCUGUCCACGAAUGGUUUCGUCGCCCGUUUCUGCCUUGAAAUUGCAUCGUGUCGCAAACGAAAACGCGGGAAUCGAAAAGCAGUGGACAGCCAACUAAAUUCCGUUCCGCUGGACGUUCCAGAGACGGGUAGAAUUCCAUAGAGGUCUGCUUCCGUUUCAUUUAAAUGUAAUCAUUCGCGUGACUUGCGUUGUCUUUGCUUCGAAAUAUUAUCUUUUGUCCUUUGCGAGGAGUUUUGACGCGAAUAAUUUCGCUCGUCUCUGGACUGUCAACUAAGAAUCGAAGUCGGUUAAGAACGAACCAGUCGAUUGGCAGAGUCCGUCUGCACCCUGUGCUCGGAGCGGACGCGUCGAUUCUGGUUACGAGACACGAAAACGAGGGUCGAACGCGAUCUUUCCACGUUACGUUCGUGAAACGAGCCUCACCGACGCGGGUGCAAAAAUUCUGUCCGUUUUUUGGAUUGCUCGAUACGCCGAAGCAAUAUACCUUGGCGUUUUUAUCGCUGCUAUUAUUCCCUGCUUUCUUACACGUAAAGAAGCGUUCGUGUCGCGAACGCAGUACGCGCGCCUCCGGAUCCGAGCGCGAUCGUUUUUAAACUCGAUUACUCUACUAUUCAGCAAACUAGUCUACGUAAGAGGCAUGCGAAUAAAUCGAACCUUCCUAAACGCGUAGAGAAACUAACGGAACACAUGCUGGAGACGGAACGUCGUACCGACAGCUCUGAUCGUAUAUACUCCUGCGUUGGGCAAUAUCUAAUCCGUGAUUAUGAUUACUCGCGUAAUCAGCAGUCGGAGUUAACGAUUCAUGAAUAAUUUGUAAUCAGUAAUCAGGAUUAACGGCUCAUGAAUAACGAUUAAUGAAUAAUUCGUGAUCAGUAAUCAGGAUCAACGGUUGACAUAUAAUUUGUAAUCGUGGCUAACGAUCGAUGAAUAAUUUACAACGACGGUUAAAAAAUGAUUUCUAGUCGAGAUUAGUAUUCGCGAUGAACUCCGGGGACUGGCGAAUUACGAUUCCGGAAUCUGAAGAAUGUUUCACGUUUACCGAUUAAUCCGACGAUCGAUUACGAUGCCCAACUCUGACCACGUUUGAAUCGAGCACCCGCGACGCUUGCUCCGCACCUCUUGAUGGUAAAUCGCGUUAGGAUCGAGUCGCAGAGCGGCGUUCCGUUUCGAACGAAAGCUAGCGAAACACGAAAGCGUGGGAUCACGGAGCGGGAAUCCAAUUGAACUAUUUCGAGCUAGAAAAGGGAACCGAGGAAGGAGGUCACGCGACCUGGAAUGAGAGAUGGGCAACAUUUCGUUUGAAUAAUAGAUAACGAGUGCAACGAGAGUGGAUAUUGUUUAUUCUGUACUGGUUAUAUAAAAUUUGCGCACGAAACCGUUGUCCAUCUCUGGCUGGAACGCGGUGAUGGUUCCGUGAUCCCUAGCCGAGGCCGAUAAUCACUAAGCUAUUUUUUCGCUACCAUUCUUUGGAGUUUUCGAUGUCACGCUAAACGACACGCUAUGGUGAUACCGCUAGAAACGAUGUUGAAUUAUUAUUACGGAUUAUUAUUACCAUUAUUAUUAUCAUUACUACCAUCGUUGUUACAUGUACACGCGAAGAGAAACAGAGAGUACGAGAGAGCGAACGAGAAGAGCGGGAGAGAAACGUGUACAGGUGCGAAAGUGCGUGUGAGAGAAGCGCGAGACAGAGGCGGCGAAGAGAAAGUUGAACAAAUUUUUAAUUAACGUUAAAACAGAUUCUGUAUUAUAUAUGAAAUGUUUCAAAGUACGUUUUAAACGCGUAGAAUAUAAUAAUAGUUCUAACGUGAUAUCGAUUAAGUCUAAGGUACACACGACGUGGCCGAGGAGAACGUUGAUUCGCUAAAGUAAACUGUUCGACGAGAGGGACUAACUACGACAAACAAAAAAGUAAGCAAAAAAAAAAAGAAAUUAACAAGCAACGUGUCGCGUAAUCCGGAAACCGCCUGAACGCCUAACAGCGGCCUAGCUUUUUACUAAACCAGAAAAAAAUAACCCAAAAAAUAGAACAAAAAAAGAAACAAACACGAAUGAAACGUCACGAGACGCGAGGAGCUGACGCGGAGAAUCGAAACGAAGGAACACGAGGUGAACAAAAGCCAGCCGGGGGAAAUCAACGAGGAGGAAGACAGGAAGAGGGACACGCGUGCUUGAGCCGAUUCGACGACGAGAUUGGUCUUCGCGCGUGCUUCGAACGUUUUACUGCACCUUUCUGUACUCUUGGCCAGUGUGCAAGAAAGGAAGCUCGCGAUUCAGCAGGUUACACACCCUCUCGAGGCAGGGAUGGGUAGAAUUUUGCUCGAGAAAUAGGCGAGAAAGUGUUUGAAUCGGUAACGGAUCGGAAGUAAUUUCACGUAUUACUUUUAAUUGGAAAUCUCGUCCAUCUUCGCUGCGUCCGCUUCAUCUUUUUCUCCAACACCAAUUUCCGUCAUGUUUUUUAUACACCUCUGAUACCGAGUUACACAUUCUCGACGUGUUAUUCUUGCUUUCCUUUUUACCCCGUACAAAAAGGGCCCGAUUCCAGUAAACACAUAAAUAAAUAAGAAUUUUGUUCAUCUCUGGCUUCCGGCGCGUGUGACCUGCGUUUGUCGACAGCGAACACCGUCCUCGAAGACCUGGUAUACCGACCACCAUCGUUGAAAAAAUAUUAUCGUAGAGGGAGAAGAAUCGACGUAACCGAGAAACCAGGAUGCGAUUGGUACAAGGGAUUGAGGAGGAAACGUUGGCAGCAGGAUUUCGAACGUCGAACGUCGCGUCAGAGUGUCAGCCGUUCGCCUUAUCGUCUACCUACACUUCUGCGAGGAAUCUUCCAAGUGUCCUCGGAAGCAAACGACUGGACGUUCGUCGGGAAAUAGGCCCUCGUUUCCCGAUCGAUCGAGCCAGCUUCCUGGAAGACGACGUGCCUGCCGCGAUUACUAUACACGCUUCUGACCGAGAGGCCGUUUUUCUCGGCUGUGCAACCGAUCGAACGCGACCAAUCGAGGGCUACAAGCUACCGAGGUACUCGCACGAAACCAGGAACGUGCAAAAUUUUAUUCGAAUGGACGACCAACUACCAUGUUUUAUUUGUACACGGUGUAGUAUCGCUACGCUUAUUCGAUCGAUGAGUCGCGCAGCUAAAUUUUUAUUCUUUUAUUCGAAUUCGUAUUCCUCGGAUAAGAAUUUUGCCCAGGCCUGGGCGAAACGAGAGACAGCAGAAAUGGAAGCAAGACGGAAGAAGGUUCGACCGACCAUGGAAUUCCGAAUCGAGCUAGUAUAAAAAGCGUAUAGAAGUUUAAUCGAAGAAGGGAGGGGAGAAGAAACCAUUAGCGAGACAUAGCCGAUAGGACCGUAGCGUUUCUUAAUAGUUCUUGUAAAACGAUAACGUGAAAGCAAGUAGCGAAAGAUGCACAAUACGAUCUUCCCGAGGUAUCGAUCACCGAUCAACAUAAACGUUCUAACGAAAAAUUGAAAAAAAGACAAACAAAUACGGCGGCGCCCCUUUUUUGCGAUCUAGUGUUUUUAGCACCACGCCGAGCAAUAGAGAGAGAGAGAGAGAGAGAGAGAGAGAGAGAGAGAGAGAGAGAGAAAGAGCCGAAGAGUGUAUUUGUGUACCUGCGUGCGUGAGAGGGAGAGAUUCUGUAGCCUCGAUUAAACGUUUUCAAUCAAACAUUUGUUACCGUGGCGCGAUGUACCGAUAUCGCGACGACCGAUCAUGCUGCAACUAGAAUCGACUACGACGACCGGGGAAAUCGAUAGAUGUUUUAUUUAUUCGUUCGUACAAAGCUCGUCGAAGAGUUAGAGGUAACGCGCGAAACAAAAGGUUCAACGUCGUGGGUGUUCGAACAUCGUUGGUCGACCCGAAGAUCGGCAGAAUUUUAUUCGAAUAAUAGACGACGAAUAGGGACACCGUAAUCUUCUACGUUCAUUCAAUCGGACGGUUCUUCGAGUAAGCUUCUCUCUGUUCGAUGCGAAAUUUAAUUUAAUUUUAAACUUCAUUUCGUUCAAAAACUAUCCCCGUCUUUGCGCUGAAACAUUCAUCUCGGUAGCGGAAAAGCGAUCCCGCGUCGAACACCGACGACGAACCGAGAAGGACCACUCGAGCUUCGAAGUUUUCUCUCCAGCGAGUUCCUCUCGCGAUCGCCCCUCAAAAGGAAUCGCGGGAGCGGAAAAAUUUAGGUGUUCGUAUGGUUGGGUACGGAGACAAGCGUUGAAGUCGUUCGGAUUCGCGAUCAAAACUCAUUCAAAAUUUCCUCGCCUCGCGUGUUGAUAAUUGACCCAGUUUUCGAGCGUUAUUCGAAGCAGAACCGUACUACGGACGUUUCGACUUCAAAAAUACCGUGAAGUGUACGAGGACGAGAUUAAUGGAGAAAGGUAUAUGUAUCGGAAGGGUGGGUGGAGGAGGGUGGAGGGAUGAACUGGAAAUCGCGUGAUAAGGCGAAGGUCGACCGAGGGAAACGUUCGAGGCUCGAGGUGCUAUCGCGCUCGUAAUUUGUACUUUAUAAUACCUUAGGAUAAACAUCGUUAAAGGGGACACGGAGUUUCGAUCCUGACCAUCGAACUCGAGACAUUAGCGAAACGUACAGGGGUUGGGGGGGGGGGCGGGGGGAGAGAGAGAGGCACGUCGCCGUGGCCGAUUCAACGUUCGCCGGCUCGAGAAUCAUUUUUAUAUAAACGCGCGUUACGUAAGAGCGAUCGUUUGUAAGUCGAACCUCGCGUUGCCGAGAACGUCGAUGCACGUAAAGUACAUGCAAUGUAACCAAAGCGCGAAACGAUGUACGCACGCACGCGUGUCGACAAAGAUGGCGUCGUACUUCGACAUCUUCUAAGUCCUUACGAAGACGGUGUCGAAAGAUCGGUCUUUCUUCGUUCGAGACGCGAAAACGAUCCAUACCUCGCGGACAACUCGUUGCGAGUAAAAAUUUGUAAAAUUCGGACUCGAAAUAAUUGGUCCCCGAGGUAGAGAAAUUCGUUUCGCAUUCGACGUAUUUAUACGUAGACCACUCGCGAAAGUACGAGCAUUUUCGACCGGGACGUUUAAUUGCUGUCGGCACGCGAACGAGUAUGUAGCCAGACGCGCGCCUAGGCUGAUCGAGAGGUUACGUUCGUUCCAGCGGCGAGGAGUAUUGUAUUUCUCGGUUCUUUCGUAUUCGAACGUGAUUUUAUUUAUUUUCCGUUCGCUCGGGGAUAACGCGGAAACGAGAAACGGUGUUAGUUAACUUCUAGUCGAUACAGGGUAGGCCUUUCUCGACGCUGAGUUCGAUUAUUAGGACGUACGAUUAGGUUCGUUCUCGCCGAUUGGAGGACCCGAAGCCUUGAAUUUCGGUCGGGUAGCGUGGAUCGGACGAAUUCGCGCGUGAUAUGUCAAGCAGUUGCGAAACCGGGUUGGUCUGGAUGAAGACGUGAUCCCGCGACGAUAGGAGCCUAAGGGCGUCAGCUUGUCGGGCAAUUUGCCUCUGUGUGUACACAUCGGAACGGGUAAAUUUGUUCUCCCUGUUCUCCAUCCGGUCGAGCGACGCUGUACCGAUUAUCGUCAGUUUCGUCGAUCGACGAAGAACCUGAGCGGACACUGCGAACGGGACGCACAUACAAGCUGAGCCAGAGAUGGGUUAAAACUGUAUUUGUUUAAUAAUAUUAACGUGACAAGCUCCUAAGGUUUCAAAACAUUCCUAAAUGAAUCGUUGGUACGUAGAAAUGUUUCGGUACUUGGAGAUGUUCCUCGGUUCUUGUACGUUCCAGAUGAAAUAUAAUUCGUUUCGUCUACAAAGUUUCGUUUUCCUGUUAUCCAGGAAUCGUUUGUUCGGAUGAGAGUUUGGCCCAUCUCUGGGAGGACGGUGGCGCUUAUGCGUGUUGUACGCGUGAAUGGGAAGCGAAACGGAGCAGAAGAGGCGAAGAGGAGAAGACAAAUUCCGCUUAAAAGCUUAAAACGUAAUUAUUCUAUUGGCAAACGACAAGGCGCGAACGCACAUAUCAAAGAGGAAGAGACGUUGACGAUUAAUAAGAUGUAAAACUGAUCACUUAGCGGUAUUAAUAGAGGUAUACUUAUAAAAUCGUAAGAUAUUUAGGUGGGGGAAAGAGAAAAAGAGAUACAAAAAGCGUUACAGAGUUUCUAUAUGAUUAAAGAUUAUUAUAUUAUAAUGCGUAUUAAACGAAUAAAUAAAUUAUAUAUAUAUAUACUGUUUUCGGGGUCGUGAUCCGGGCCUGUCGAGCGAAAAUGUUCGAUCGCGUGCAGAUCGAUUGUUGUUGGACGCGGGCGCGCACACACAGACGUACGCACACGCACUACUGUAUACUAUAUAGGGACGUGUGUGUGCGCGUCGCGCGGAGAUUGCACGCGUGAAAGAUAGUGGCCAGGUAAUUAUCGAUCUUCGGCGUAUGCCAUGUCUCUUGUGAUUAGUUACAUACACACAAUACACACACAACACACAAAGCCACUUAUGUACACAUACGUAUAUACGUGCGAUCUCGUUUGUUCCGAUUCUUUUUUCACGUAUAUAUAUAUAUAAACACAAACACCUACACACACACACACACACACACACACACAUAUACAUACAUGCAUACAUACAUACAUAUAUAUAUAUUUUAUGAUUGUCAUUGUUGAAUUCGUCGCAUUACAUAGGGUUUUACCCCCGUCCAUCGCCGCAGUAGUAGACGUAUUGGAAUACGACCGUAGUUGAGAGAUCCGGAUUUUACGAGGUAAACAGAGAAGAAAAUGAAAAAACCUAGGUUACCGCUGAACCCUAGCUGGGUACACGGAUAAAAUGAUAAAUCUUAUAAAUAAUACAACCAUUAUACAUAUAUAUACAUAUACAUACUUAUAUUACAUACAAGCGCAUAUAAAUAUGUAAAGGUUCUAACGUUGUAUACGUUCGGGGUGAGAGAAUCCGCGGAUAGGAUGAUUUUAUUACGGUAACGCUUUCUUUCGCUCGUGCGUGCGAAUAUAUGUCGUUGUUGGUCCAUUUUUCGCCCUUUCAGGCCCCUCGCCAGCGAAUACAAUUCAAAACGAAUCGAACACACGAGAGCGAAACAUCCGCGAAGAUUCAUUCGUUAAUUAACCCUUUGCAGACCGGACAUUUUGGAGCACGAACGUUAGGGAAACGCAGGUGAACGACGCGUAUUCGAAAAUUACUCUGUUCGCUGUGCACGCUUUAUUUCGAUUCGACGUAUCGUUACAUACGUAUCGGGGAAACCAAUUUCGAUUAAUUCACGGCGAUUCGUAGACAAUUUCCCGAUGUAUGUCCAAAAAGGUGAAAGUAUGUCGUCUGGUAUAUCCAGCCGCCGUCUGCAAAGGGUGUAAUCGUUACGCGCGAGUCUUCUUCUCGCGUAAUAAAAAUUUAUUCGUAGUUAUUAUGCCCGGAACGCCGUUGAGGAGGUAGCGAACCCCUUAGAAUUUUAAAUUCCUUCCUUUAAUCUUACAUUCUUGGAUCAAAUUUACAUAGUUCGUUAUUUCUACUCGAUAUUUGCAACUUGAUGUCUAGUAGUCGCGCGUGGAGCGUUCUCUGUUGAAGUCGAGGCAGGUCUCGUUCCUUCGGGAGUAAUCACAGGUAGAAACAGAAUGCCUUUGACUUCGGGUACGAACUCUCUAUGCGUUUUUUUUCUUCGGAUAUUUAAACAGACCAGAGCGCAACGCAAAACGGAAAACUUGUUUGCUAUCGUAAUAUGUAAGAGGACAAAAAUGGCGAAAUAGGGGUAUGGCGGCAACGAAAGGGUUAAACACGGACGCGCAACGACCGAAUUCUGUUUCUCGCGGAUAUUUAGGGUACAUGCGAAUUAGACGAAACCCGCAUAGCACGUACAUAUACAUAUAUACAUAAAUGAUAAAUAUUAUGAAUUUUACUACGGAUUGCAGCGUGCGCGUGCAAUUUGCUCGAGAAACAACGAGAGGUCUCGACAAGCGUUCGAUUUGACGAUUUUUGUGAUACCCGUCGAUUAACGUUUAAACGGCAAAUCGAUCUUCUCGAUGGACGACCACGCUUUUUCGUUUUUUUUUUUUUUCGUCUCAGAAUAUCACGAAUAGAUGAGGAAUAAAAUAAAAAAAGAGAAAAAAAACAAAUUUCGUACUUUGGGCGUCGGGUUUAGAGCCGCGAUCCUCGAAGCCAAGUGGGGUGGGGCGGCGGGGCGGGGGGGGGGUGUAAGGGGCAAAAGACAAAAAUAUGCUGCACCAACGACCACGUGUUAUUUACACUUCACGCAGGAUGAUUUUUGGGCUUAUACCUAGAGGAAAAAAGUAAAAAAUAAAAAAAAAAAUAAAAUAAAUAAAUCGCUGAUCGCGUGGGCGAGUCAUGCGCCGACGAGGAUUCCGAGCGCGAUGAAACAAAAAGGAGCGUAGUGGAAAAUCUCGCUGAUAAAAAGAAAAAAAAACGAAAAAAUGAAAAUGUAACAGGCUGAUGUUAAAUGAAAACGUUGCCACGGUGGGUCCUGGUAUCGAACGAGCGACAGGGAUCGACGAUUGGUCCACGGCCGAUCGUUCUUCCGCGAUCGAUGAUACACAUAUAUCGAGGAUGCGUACGCGAAAACGUGCCCGGCGAUUUACUCGAGUCGUGCCCCUUUCGAUGCGAAAGUGCUUCGAAAGCGUUUGUAAACCCAGCCCGAUACGAAAUCGAUGACAAUCGAUCGGAUAUCUCCAUGUUCGUUCGAUGUACCGACGCCACCGCGGCCAACAACCGCGUGCAAUAAAACAGAAUAUAUAUAUUACAAUAUUAAUAUCAUUAUAUACAACAUUUUUACGGCAUAUACGAAUACGACGUAGAGAAAAAAAAAAAAAUGCAGGUGAAACAAGUUUAGGAUUAAUAUUACUUGUUGUUGUCUACCAUAGCGUUGUAGUUAUAUACAAUACAGGUAGAACAUUAACUAUAGGCAAGCUGAAGCGUGCGUGAGGGAGAGAGCGAGAGAAAGAGAGAAAGAGAGAACGCGCGAGAUACGGUGAGCGAGUGUGCGUGCGUGUGUGUGUGUGUAUAUGUGUGUGCGAGAUAGAGAAGAAAGUCAGCGCACUUGUCGAGCGUACAUGUUACUAUUACGUAAUAGCGAAUAUAUAUAUAUUCACAUACAUAUGUACUGUACAUAUACCUAUGUGUAUAUAUAUACAUACUCGAAGAAGCUAGUUAACUUGAAGCAACCCAACAAACAACAGAAAACAAAAAAAUCAAUGAUUACCAAUUAUAUACAGAAAAAUCUAUACAUAUAAACAUUAAAGAAAAAAAAAAUGGAAAAAAAAAAACGUGUGCCUAUGUGCGCACGUGCGUAUGCGCGCGUACGUGCGGACACACUUCGACAACUCCCUGAAUUCAAACCCCUGUUCCCCUACCGCGCUCCCACCAUCGCUACGCCAUCAACCUUUCCCAGCCUGCCCCCCACCCCCACCCCCCACUCCUUCUAUAACCUCCCCGCUCCUAACCGUUCAAUCUGUUCCCCUACUCCGCUUUGCCUCUCUGGCUCUCCCUCUCUCCCUACAUUCUUCACACGCACUUGCGCACAUAUCCAUGACGCAUUACCGUAGCCGUGUUGUGUAGGGAAUGUCUUUAACGAAUAAGAUACGAUUUCUCAUGUUACAUGUUAUACGAUGAAAAACGCAGCAAAAGUAACUUUAAACAAACGUAAACAAAACAAACCAAAAAAAAGAAAAAAAAAUAACAAAAAUAAUAAGUAAACGAAAACGAAGAAUAACGAGACAAACAAAAAUCUCUUCUCUGGUCAGUUGCAGGAUCGCUCGAACGUCGUCGAAUCGAUAUUCGUCGUUUGUGUGAGAGACGAUGAAAACGAAGGAAGAAAAGAAAAAAAAAAAGAAAAAGAAA